CAUCAUCAUCAUCAUCAUCCGAACCUCGUGGCGGAACUGAAGUCGGAUUUGCAGACUCCACAUCUGAGGCACUUUUUCCAGAAAAUUUAUAUGCAGAAAUAUGACAAAGUCAGCAUUCUGUUCGGAGACGUGAUAGGAUUGAACUUACUCUCUCGCCAAUGCAGCGCUCUGGAGAUGGUACGAUUUCUCAACGAGACAUUCGGUCGGUUCGAUCAGUUGGCAUCGGAGAAUUAUUGCAGCAGAAUCCAAAUUCGUGGCGACAGAUAUUUCUGCCUCUGUGGCCAUCAGCAGCCACCGCAGCAGCAGCAACUACAACAACAUGCUAAAUACGCUGUGGAUAUGGGCAUCGAUAUGAUAGAGUAUAUCAACUUCGUCAGCAACCUAACGUGCGUGAAGCUGGGUAUGAGGGUGGGGGUGCACUCCGGAAGCAUCGUGUGUGGCGUGGUGGGCCUGAAGAGGUGGACCUACGAUGCCUGGAGUUCUGACGUCAUCGUGGCAGGCCUCACCGAACAGGCCGGCAAAAUGGGACGUGUGCUCGUUACAGAAGCUACAUUAAAAGGUCUGCACGGUCACUACUCGGUGGAACCG